AUUCGGAAGGCCGAGGGGAAUGGAACUCGGCAGGGCUGUUGCCGCUCGCUCUGCCUGCCUCAGCAGCUCCCUUGUGAUUCCAAAUCCUCGGCUUCUCCCGAGAAGCUGCAGCAAACCGUGACGAUUCUCAUUUGGUCCGGCUCGCGAGGGACCUGGGUGUGUGUGGUGUGGCUCCGCACCGCAGGCAGGCCAGCCCGCCACGCCGACCCGACCCGACGGCCAUGGCCCAACCUCCCUUCUCCUCUCCCUCCUGGUCCCCUCGCCGACCGCAUCCGUCCACCUCCUCCACUCUGCUGGCUUCCCCCCUGCCCUUUUCCUCGUCUUGGUCCCCUACUCCCAGGCACGCAGCGCGCCGCUGGGCCGUCGCGGCCGCCUCCUCCCUCCACCUCGGCCUGCCGGAGAUCGCCGAGCUCGCGCACAACGAGGUUUUGAUUGCGGCGACGGUGGCCAGCGCGAUCGGGCAGCUGUCCAAGCCCUUCACUUCGGCCAAGAACGGGGGCGUCCGCCUUGACCUCAGGACGGCAUUCCGGUCCGGAGGGAUGCCCUCCACCCACACCGCGAGUGUUGUGGCUGUGGCUACUUCGCUUGGGCUAGAAAGGGGGUUUGCAGACUCCAUAUUCGGGAUGUCAGUGGUGUUUGCAGCGAUUGUAAUGUAUGAUGCUCAGGGAGUUAGAAGAGAGGUGGGCAACCAUGCAAAGGUUUUGAACAAGUUUUUGGUCCUUAGGGAGAAGACGGCUCAAAAUUCAGAGGUCGACAUGGCUGUUGAGCUUGUUUCAGUUCGAGAGGAGGCGAUUUCUUCGUCCCAUUCAAAUGCAAACCCCUCCUCAAGGCACAGCUCUAGGACCAAAUCGCCAAGGUUAAACGCUCCCCGAAGCUCAGAACCUGAGGUAACAGAAUUGACUGAGCUGGAGCAGGCUUACAUAGUGGAGGGUUACCGGUUGAGUGAAUCUGUAGGCCACACAGAGCUCCAGGUCACAGUCGGCGCCUUGCUAGGCUUUCUUGUAAGCAUAGUCGUGUAUGCGACACUGUGACAGCUUUAUUUUUACACACUUAGUUACACAUCUGCUAGAUUGAUUAAUCAACUGUAACACAAGUGAUUCAUCGUUAGGACACGUCCAAGGGCUUCCCUUCGCGGGCAAGAUUCCCGUCGUG